GAGCAUCAUGGCAACCGUGGCAACCACCACCAAGGUUCCAGAGAUCCGCGACGUAACGAGAAUUGAACGCAUCGGUGCUCACUCCCAUAUCCGGGGACUGGGGCUGGACGAUGCCUUGGAGCCGCGGCAGGCCUCGCAGGGCAUGGUGGGGCAGCUGGUGGCCCGGCGGGCAGCGGGCGUGGUGCUGGAGAUGAUCCGAGAAGGCAAGAUCGCCGGCCGGGCAGUCCUUAUCGCCGGCCAGCCAGGCACCGGGAAAACGGCCAUCGCCAUGGGCAUGGCCCAGUCCCUGGGCCCCGACACCCCUUUCACAGCCAUUGCGGGCAGCGAGAUCUUCUCCCUGGAGAUGAGCAAGACGGAGGCCCUGACGCAGGCUUUCCGCCGCUCCAUCGGUGUCCGCAUCAAGGAGGAGACGGAGAUCAUCGAAGGGGAGGUCGUGGAGAUUCAGAUUGACCGGCCAGCUACGGGGACGGGCUCCAAGGUGGGCAAGCUGACCCUGAAGACCACAGAGAUGGAGACCAUCUAUGACCUGGGCACCAAGAUGAUCGAGUCCCUGACCAAGGACAAGGUCCAGGCCGGGGACGUGAUCACCAUAGACAAGGCCACAGGCAAGAUCUCAAAACUGGGGCGCUCCUUCACGCGGGCCCGGGACUACGAUGCCAUGGGCUCUCAGACCAAGUUCGUGCAGUGCCCGGACGGGGAGCUGCAAAAGCGCAAGGAGGUGGUGCACACAGUGUCCCUGCACGAGAUCGACGUCAUCAACUCCCGCACGCAGGGCUUCCUGGCGCUUUUCUCGGGCGACACGGGGGAGAUCAAGUCGGAAGUCCGGGAACAGAUCAACGCCAAGGUGGCUGAGUGGCGAGAGGAGGGCAAGGCCGAGAUCAUCCCCGGGGUGCUAUUCAUCGACGAGGUCCACAUGCUGGACAUCGAGAGCUUCUCCUUCCUCAACCGGGCCCUGGAGAGUGACAUGGCACCGGUCCUCAUCAUGGCCACCAACCGCGGCAUCACGCGGAUCCGGGGCACCAGUUACCAGAGCCCGCACGGCAUCCCCAUUGACCUGCUUGACCGGCUGCUCAUCGUGUCCACGUCGCCCUACAGCGAGAAGGACAUGAAGCAGAUCCUCCGCAUCCGGUGUGAGGAAGAGGAUGUGGAGAUGAGCGAGGACGCCUACACGGUGCUGACUCGCAUUGGGCUGGAGACCUCGCUGCGCUACGCCAUCCAGCUCAUCACUGCCGCCAGCCUGGUGUGCCGGAAACGCAAGGGCACAGAAGUACAGGUGGACGACAUCAAGAGGGUCUACUCACUGUUCCUGGACGAGUCCCGCUCCACCCAGUACAUGAAGGAGUACCAGGACGCCUUCCUCUUCAACGAGCUCAAAGGCGAGACCAUGGACACCUCCUGAGCGGAUGGCCCUCCACACCCCCUUUUCUAGCCUGAGUUCUGCACUGUGACUUUGACUUUGUAUAAAAUGGUU